UCAAGGAAGCAUCGUUACCACCGAGAGAUCAUGCUAGCUGAUGAAGUACUGUGUAACUAGCUUCCUAACUCAUGUAAUGUCAACUUGGAUUAUUUAUCUGACUUCAGUGCCAGAUUUUAACUGACAUUUGGAUACAGCAUGGACAGAACAACAUUUGUUUGAAAGUUAUUAUUGUCUUUACCGAGAGGGCCCGAUAGGACAGCUGUCUCGGUGAAGUAGCUCGUAAGCUAGCGCGGCUAACCGUUACAUGCUUACACUGCCUUCCAUCACAGAAGAAACACCAAGCUAAGUCCACACCUCGGGGUUUCGCUGUUGGGCAUUUCUCACGUUUCCACCGUUAUGGAGAAGGCUGACUUCUUAAAAGGACUUCCUGUCUACAACAAGAGCAACUUCAGCAGGUUUCACGCAGACUCGGUUUGUAAAGCAUCUAAUCGGAGGCCUUCAGUGUACCUUCCAACGCGUGAAUACCCCUCUGAGCAGAUUAUUGUAACAGAGAAAACCAACAUCCUUCUGCGUUACUUACAUCAGCAGUGGGACAAAAAGAAUGCAGCAAAGAAAAGGGAACAGGAACAAGCUGAAGGUGACAGUCCGGCACCCCCAAGGAAGAUCGCCAGGACAGACAGCCAAGAGAUGAAUGAGGACUCAUAAGUGUGUGUGACUGUGUGGGAGAGAGAGAGAUAAUGUGUGUAUCUAUGCUUGCCUACACAGGGUAUAGUCAGUAUAAGCCAAAUGAAGGAAACUCCUGCCUGAUUGAAACCUCUGGCCAGUCUGUGUGACUGAAGGAUGCGUUUCCUGGCAUGAACAAAGGAAUCAUUGAUGAAGAAAUGGAAAAAAAUCAUAUCAGCAAAGUAGCAAUGACUUGAGCAAAGUAAUGUGUAUUAUAAUUGUAAAAAUAGGAAGAUUGUGUAGUUGCUCUCGGUCUUGAAAUAGAUGUAGUCAGGGGGAACUUUAAAGUGGGUUUCCUGUCAUUUAUGCUGGCUAUUCCCUGUGUAGGUUUGUAAACUUGUACAUGUCUGUAUGCAUGCUGAGCUGUGAGUGUGUUGUGAUGUACUGUGUGUAUGCGGUGAAUGAUGAGUUGAAAACGUGUCAGAGUAGAUGUAAGAUCAGCGAUGGACUUGACGGAUGAAGCCAGACAGUCCUCUUAAAAAAUGGUCUCAGAUCUGCUCCAUGACUUGUGUAGCCUUCUGUCGCCCGGAGAGACUGUCCUGAUUUGUGCAAAGAUGAUGUUUUGUUACUGUUUUAAUUUUAUUAUUAUAACUAUUAUUGUUUAUGUACGGCAAUGAGCUUCCUGCCAGCCACAGUGCCCGCCCUCUCAGUUUCACUGCCCACUCUGCAGCCACAGGGGGGGUAUCGCAACAUUUCUCCACACUGUUUGAGUCAACAGAACCUAGAAUGCACUGUGAAGAACAGCACAAAGUAGAAGCAACUCUUCAAUAACCCUUCAUAGAUGUUUGUUUACAGCAAAUAUGCACAUUUUCAUUCUGUUGUGGGAUUUGUGCUUAUUGGAUAAAUGUUGAUGUUUCUGAUAAAAACUUUUAUGUUUA